AUGGAUGAUGAAUACAGCGCUGGCAGACUUCUAGUCUUCACUGGUGUCUUUGCCGCCCUUCAAGUCAUUUUCGUUGCUCUUCGCAUGGCAACUCGAGUACUCAACCAUAAAGCUUGGGGCUGGGACGAUAUUGUGAUACUCAUCGCAUUGGCCGGACAACUAGGAAUGGCAGGCACCAUGAUCGGUUACAUCAAAGAGGGCGGCAUCGGCUUCCAUGCGGCAUACUUAUCGCGAACAAAUCCAGAGAGGCUCGUAACCGGCUUCAAAUACUCCUUCGUAAUCGCUGUUAUAUAUGUCGUCUUCGUCAACGUGCCCAAAUUCGCUUUGCUGCUCCUCUACAACCGCGUAUUCCCGAAACCUUUGCGCGCCAACCUCUUUGUUCGUCUCUUGAUGGUCUUUCUUAUCCUACACACUAUAGGGGCGACCAUCGCUCUCGUUGUGAUCUGCCAUCCAUCGACCGUUGACUUUGAUUACAUAUACCAUCUGCACUCGAGGAAUUGUGGGAAUAUACAGGGGUUACAUGACCUGUAUAUCUGGGAGAGUUUUCCGAAUAUUGUCAGUGACGUUGCUAUUCUUGUUCUUCCGGUGACGGUUAUAUGGCGAGCGACUAUGGAUAAUCGCAUGAAACUCGGGUUGGCGGUGACGUUUUCAAUGGGCGGGUUUCUAUGGCUAAGAGGCCUCAUAGUCUCCAUCCUGCGAUUCAUAUGCUACUACCACAACGCCUCGACCACCGAUCCCAGCUGGGCGGCUGUCACACUCGAGAUCUACACUCAAGCCGAAAUCGGUACAUAUCUGAUCUGUGCUUGUCUGCCCACCUUUCAUCCAUUUCUCAAUUGCUCGUUUCGGGAACGACAUGCCCCUCUUCCUUCUAUAGUGUAUAAUGGUAGCCCUACGCAUAUGCCUACGCCAAUGCCUGCGCCGGGACGGAAUUUGGGGCCUGAUAGUUUUGUGGUUCAAGAAGCGCAUUAUUGGGCUGAUGCGUAUGGAUCGGAUGGCCGGUCCAAGGAUCGGUUAUAUGGGAUUUCAUACUGGUUUGAUACGGUCAGCAAGCGUGUUCGAGGGUUGAAUCCGUGA